AAAAAAAACCCAAAAAACAAAAACAAAAACAAAAAAACCCCAAAACAUUGUGAAUGCUGCAUGCCUCAUGCUUCCCAGCGCCUCGCGGGAGAGACCCGGCCAUAGAGCAGGAGAAGUGGCGGCCCCUGACUUGCUGGAUCCUAAAACUGCCGCUCAGAACUCUAAACCGAGGCUCUCGUUCUCCACGAAACCCACCGUGCUUGCUUCCCGGGUGGAGACUGACACGACCAUUAAUGUUAUGAAAUGGAAGACGGUCUCCACGAUCUUCCUGGUGGUCGUCCUCUAUCUGAUCAUCGGAGCCACAGUGUUCAAAGCGUUGGAGCAGCCUCACGAGAUUUCCCAGAGGACCACCAUUGUGAUCCAGAAGCAGACGUUCAUUUCCCAGCACUCCUGUGUCAAUUCGACUGAGCUGGACGAACUCAUCCAGCAAAUAGUGGCAGCAAUAAAUGCAGGGAUUAUACCUUUAGGAAACACCUCCAAUCAAAUCAGUCACUGGGAUUUGGGAAGUUCCUUCUUCUUUGCUGGCACUGUUAUUACAACCAUAGGAUUUGGAAACAUCUCACCACGCACAGAAGGGGGAAAAAUAUUCUGUAUCAUCUAUGCCUUACUGGGAAUUCCCCUCUUUGGUUUUCUGUUGGCUGGAGUUGGAGAUCAACUAGGAACCAUAUUUGGAAAAGGAAUUGCAAAAGUGGAAGAUACAUUUAUUAAGUGGAAUGUUAGUCAAACCAAGAUUCGAAUCAUCUCAACAAUCAUAUUUAUACUGUUUGGCUGUGUACUCUUCGUUGCUCUGCCUGCAAUCAUAUUCAAGCACAUAGAAGGCUGGAGUGCCCUGGACGCCAUUUAUUUUGUGGUUAUCACUUUAACAACCAUUGGCUUUGGCGACUACGUUGCAGGUGGAUCAGAUAUUGAAUAUCUAGACUUCUAUAAGCCUGUCGUAUGGUUUUGGAUCCUUGUAGGGCUUGCUUACUUUGCUGCUGUCCUGAGCAUGAUUGGAGACUGGCUCCGAGUGAUAUCAAAAAAGACAAAAGAAGAGGUGGGAGAGUUCAGAGCCCAUGCUGCUGAGUGGACAGCCAACGUCACGGCCGAAUUCAAGGAAACCAGGAGGCGGCUGAGUGUGGAGAUUUACGACAAGUUCCAGCGUGCCACCUCCAUAAAGCGGAAGCUCUCCGCAGAACUGGCUGGAAACCACAACCAGGAGCUGACUCCCUGUAGGAGGACCCUGUCAGUGAACCACCUCGCCAGCGAGAGGGAUGUCUUGCCUCCCUUACUGAAAACUGAAAGUAUCUAUUUGAACGGAUUGACGCCACACUGUGCAGGCGAGGAAAUUGCUGUUAUUGAGAACAUUAAGUAGCCCUCUCUUUGAAGAGCCCUAGGCAUAGCCAUAGGCUCAACUCCGCAGUCCUUUACCCCACAACUCCUGUUUGAAUACCAUACCUUGCUGGAAACAGCGUGUAAAAUGACCGGAGUGAUGAUGCCCGAAGAAGGACUAGAUGCCAAAUUAGAUGGACAUUGAAGCAACACUCAGAAACCCUAGCGUUAAAGGCACUGCAGAGAAAUGAGGUGCAAAGACGGCCCCUCUGAGUAUUUAUUUGACUCAGGUACCAAUGGUACAUAUAUACAGUGUAAUUAUUACCAGGCCAGUAAAACUGACUGCUCUCAAUCAGUCCCUUUUUUCCUGGCAGUAUUUAAAAUUUAUCAUUUUUGACUAACUAUAUAUACAUCUUUUAACAGUGGAAGAAGGAAAGCCAUAUAUAUAUAUAUCCAUAUAUAUACAUAAAUGAUCUGACAAAACUAUGAAAAUGGGUAUUCUUGAAGGCGAAUUUAGACAGUUGGUGUGAAUUGCCAUUUGGAUGAAAAGAAGACAGUAAAACGAUGUGUUACAAGCAUUUGCUAAUAAACAUUGUACUGCCAGCAUCUAUUUGCUUUUUGAUGUAUGAAAAGCUCAUAUCAUUUUCUUUCCUUGGGUAACUUCUGCCAGAUGAGGGGAGGGAAUGUAGGAGGCAGAGCUGGGCACAGUCCUGACCUUCUGUGGGUGUACCUCUGGAGUUGUGGCUGAGUGUGAGAGCAGAGUUGAAACUGGGAUCACUGUGAUUUUGCACAUGGAAAAAUGCAGAUUGCAGGCAUAAUUCAUCUCUGACAUUAGAGAAAAAGCUGUUAUAGCACAAUUUAAAUCUUGAGAGUUUUUUUUUUUUAAAGAUAGAAAAGGCUGUUAAUCCUCUUUAGUUUAAUUUUAUAUCUUGCAACUCUUUGGAUGUUUUCAAGAUUCAGAAGAAAUUCAGUAAAGGCACCUAGUAGAUUGCUACUCUUUCUUUUAUUUUCAUACACAGAUCUGCUGUACAUUGUAAAUAUAAUUUGUAAAAUGCAGAAAGAAAAUGAUUUCCCUAAAUAUAAUUGCAAAACAUUACUUUUAUUCUUGGGGGUCAGGGGGUGUAUCUGAAUAAGUGGCAUUCAGAUUAGGGUCUUAAAAAAUAAACCCAGGAUCUUAAAAAAAAAAAACUUAAUAGAUGCUUAUUUUCCAAAGUUUAAAUUUAAGCUAGAAAUGUAAAUAUUCAGUUAACUUGUUGAAGGUACUUUUAUAAACUUAAAAAAUUCUAACCAAAAUUUUAGAAAGUCAGGCUCUUUUAGAAGGAA